AUGGGAGUGAAAGUUGACGGCUAUCAUUUACACCAUCUUCAUUUCGCUGAUGACAUCGUUCUUAUAACAUCAAGCAUCGAUCAGGCGGAACACAUGCUGGGCAAAUUCGAUAAAACGUGUAAAAAGAUCGGUCUUCAACUGAAUCUGGACAAGGCGAUUUUUAUGAGGAACGAAUGGGUCUCUGAUGUCCCAUUCACGCUCAACGGAACGAACAUAUUCGAAUGCUCCAGCUAUGUAUAUCUAGUUCGGGAAAUCAAGAUGAUGAACGACCUGACCUCCGAGCUGGGCAGAAGGAAACGAGCGGGUUGGGGUGCAUUCAAGAGCAUCGAGGCUGUGGUGAAGAGGAUCAAGAACAUCCGGCUCCGUGUUCACCUAUUCAACACCACCGUUCUUCCUGCUUCGACCUAUGCUUCGGAAACUUGGGCAAGCAUGAGGAAAAUGCGAUCGGCUUCAAAAAACGCCGAAUUGAAAGUGUGGUUCUAG